GACUCUGCUCUUAGAUGAUCCAAUGAUCAAAGAGCUUCUUCGGAUCGGGUCCCAAUUUGUUGGGUACCGUGAAUAUGCCGCCAGAGCCGAAGAAAAACUUUCAGAGGCCAACGAACGUGUCGACGCACUUGCUCAAAAACUCGAGCAAAGUGAGGCGGCUCGCAAGAAAGCUGAACUUGCUGCUAGCAAAGCCAAGGCCGAGGUUGAUGAAGCCAAGGUGAAAGCUGCUAGUGUCGAGGAGCUGCAGAGAAGGCUCAAAGAUGCCGAAUCUGCCUUAGAUGAGCAGAAAACUGCACAAACUGUGCGUGAACAAGAGAUCAUCAAGCGUCUGAAGUCGCAAAGUCGACGUACGCUGACCCAAACAAACCAAGAUUUUGAUCUGGAGAAUCCCGUCAAUGACCCUCUCCUUGAUGCACUUUCUCUUCUGGAGUUCCAUGGGCGCGAAAUUCGUGAAGGCGUGGCCAAUGCCGGUGCAAGUUUGUCGGCGUUGUUCCCCUACUUCUUCCCGAAGAAAGAGGAACCUUCGACUUUCCUUGCCCUUGCCAAAUAUGUCGGGUAUGCCUGUUUCGUCCGCUGA